AGACCAUGAUUAAGAAAAACCUGUUUGAAUGAUAAAUAGAACACGACUGUAGCUAAAUAUUUUACCCCGAGUGAUUUGUUGAUUUAUCGGUUGAAUUUUUAAAAAGUGUGUUUUUAUACUUCACAUGUAACACAUCGAGUUACAGAAAUGUGGAGAGUUUAUAAAAGCCGGUGAUACAAACACAGGAUACAAGUAACGAGGAAGAAAGUGCACUUUGUAACUAUGGGAUGCCCACAAUCAAAAUCAAAGAGCAAGGACCUGUCGUCUGCAGCUGAAAAUGGCGGCAAUUCUCAAGCGACAAAAACUCGAAACGAUACCGUGCAGCCGACGGCAGAAACUCCACAACGAAUGCCUACAAAGACACCUCAUGCAUAUAACGAUGAUCCACUCGUUAGAGGCCGCACCGACGAUUCAUUUCCAGAUAAUAAACCGCGGGAAAUUGUUCCUGACGAAAACUCAAACAAGGCUUCUGAUAAUUUAAGAAAAGAAAAUUUAAAGCAAUCAACAGAAACCAACGAUACUUCAAAUCAAAAUAGUGAAAACACACAAUCAGUUCCGGAUAAAAAAGAAAAUGCUCAUCUCGCAGACGACAAUCUUGCUGAUCAGUCAAAUGUAGAAACACCAUUAGGAAUUAGCUGUAAAGACGACACUGUAGAUGUUUCUGACAUUGACAUAGGACAGACUGUGUCUGAAAUCACUUUAGAAAAUCAAACAGUUGAAGAUACAAAUUCCAGAGAGAGGCUAAAAAACGGAAAUAAUACCUCAGCAAAAAUAGAAAAUGAGCAUGCCGGAGAUGUCAAGGUCACACUUGAUACAGCAGACGGUUAUACAUACACAGAGAAGCCACAUAAAUGGGAAGGCUCGUCUGCUGUCAGCACAAAAGGCUCGAAUUAUCGGUAUGUUUCGAAGGAUAAGAUCGAGUAUGGUCUUCCAGAGGGUGUGCCGAAACCUGCCCCACCCAAAACCAAGAAAAGCGAUCUCAUCACGCCAACCACAUUCACCCUGGUUGACAGAAUCGUAGAUAGAGCGCCUGACGAUGCCUUUAAUUCUGUUGAUAAACUAGCAAGCUAUCUAUCGGGUACAGCAAAGAAGAGCGAAUUAGAAGCUUCCAGUGAAGGUACAGACGACACCAACAAAUUACCACCUCCACUUGCGGUGAAAACGAAUAAAAAAGAUAUCGUUUCCGACCCUACGGUGUUCAAACACGUGGACGAGAAUGCAAGAAACGUCCCCGAGUCGGUUUGUAUUUCUGUUGAAAAGCUGGCAGCACAUUUGUGCACUGAUGCUAAGUCCGAUCUUGAAAAAGUCAGAGCUUUUUAUUACUGGGUCUGUAGCAACAUCAGUUAUGUAUACGACAAAGAGAAAACACUUUCCGACAAGAUGAGAUUUGAUGCUGUGUCCACCCUUAGACAAGGUCAAGGCAGCUAUGUUAAUCUCAUGGCCGCUCUGUGCAAGGAGGUAUCAAUUCCUGUCGUCAUAAUACCCGGAUGUUCCAAGGGAUUACGUCAUCAACCAGAUAAAGAAUUUGCCAUUGCAGAAAGAAACCAUAGUUGGAAUGCUGUUUACAUAAAUGACGAAUGGCGGUUUAUUGACUGUACUUGGGGGUCCGGGUUUCUUGACCAUAAUGGAAAAUUUUGCCGAAAAUUCGACGAAUUCUGGUUUUUAACAGAUCCGGAAAUAUUCGCAUACGACCAUUUUCCCUCUCAUGAAAUAUGGCAGCUUUUGGAAAAUCCGAUAAGUAUUGAUGAAUUCAAUAAAAAGCCGAGUUUGACAGAGAAGUCAAGAGAGCUAGGAUUUCAAUUAAAGUCGCAUAGAGAACCCAUCGUUUAUUUUGAAAACGAAGUUUCAAUAUCGUUUGCCACAGAAACAUUUCCUCUAUCAAAUAUUACCUCAGAUUUAAAGAACGAUAACCACGAUGAAAUCAAUCAGUACAGAUGCAUGAAAAGACUGGACGAUAAAACAUUCGAAAUAAGAGUUGUCCCACCGAAAACUGGAGAAUACAGUCUAGCCCUGUAUGGAAAAGCGUCAGAUUAUCGUCACGCAAAGUUUAGAAAGUUGAUGGAAUAUACUCUUAGAUGUGAAAAAGCGUAUGAGAAGGAAAUAGAGUUUCCUGAACAUCGUAAAGCAUGGGGACCGGAACCGAAUUACAUUGAACUAGGUUUUGCUGACUCGAUACAAACCAUGUCAGUCUUUAAAUCAGAUGAAGAAGAGAUGACAAUCCAGCUUGAUCAGAAGAAAAUAGUGCCAAUAUUUGCUGAGUUGAAGGCAUCGAGUGAUAUCAAAACUGAGUUAAAAGGAUAUACAAUGAUAACUGCCCGAGAUAAUGCUAAAAUCGUACACAUUCGGUUCCCCACGGCUGGACUCUAUAGGCUUGACGUAUAUGCUGAGGGAAAAUCAGAAAAAUACGAAUAUGCUGCUUUGUUUUUGAUAGAAUGUACUGUCAGUAAAUCGCCGCAGAAAUUCCCAAAAUGUAACGAAGACUGUAUAUCUAAAAAUGUAUGUGAAAUUAUUGAGCCCAGAAACUUUGAACUACCGGCUAAUUCAAAUGUAACAUUUAAACUCCGAUCCCAAAAUCUGAAAAAUGCAAUGGUAGGAGUCCCUAAGGAAGAAAAAUACGGUUCAAGAAUGAAUUGUCUUGGGGAGUUGAAUAAAAGUGGUGAUGUAUUUUCAGCUGACAUUAAAACUCCAAAAGCAGGAGAAGUCCUGUUCUUAUCAGGCUCGGCAGCUCCUCCAAAUGUCUUUUGGAGUAGGGUUUAUGAAUAUAAAACUGUAUAAUACUUGUACUAUCAAACGACAUCCGGAUUUAAUCGUUUCUUUGCCGAAUCAAUGUACAGUAUACUUGUUUUAUCAUGUAUUGGGCAUAAUAUUUUCCACCAUUAAGUCUUGCAACUAAUGAAAAUGUUGUCCGGUCAUGCUACACUCAUUUAUGAGCAGGGUCAAUGAAGCCGAGCCUGCAACAUUAUUAGUUUUGCCGAUUUGGGCGCUCUUUAGGGAUUCUGUUUUUCUAUUAUAUUGGCAUAUUGGAUUGCUUCUUUAUGGUUGGCAAACAUGCAAGUGUAGCUGCUGGCAUAAUUGAUAUAAGAAUACCUACCCAACCUCGUUUUACUAGUGUUCAAUUUGAUCUACCUAACAUUUGGUCGUUCAUGUUCUCUUUACAACAAGUGUUCAUCACACAGUUUUUAUUGAAUGCAUUUUGUCCAUAAUCGUUUUUCACUUUCUGCUGAUUCAAGUUAAAUUCUCGAGUUGAGUCCGAUGUAUUUAAAAGAUACAUUUUGUGUAUUUCAAUUAUCCUAUUAAGGUAUUCUUUUAUUUACCAAUGAUAAUUGUGAUUUAUAUAAUUGUGAUAUAUUAACAAGUUUAUAAGCCAUACAAUUCAAUUCCUUGAAACUAUGUACCAAAGCUUAAUACAUACAUUGUUUUUAUACAUGUAUUGGUUACUUAAUUCUUUCAUAUUUAUUUUUAUGUAAGAUUUAUAGCUGUAAAAAUUAUAGUUGUUUUCUGUGCUAAUAGAUGUAUUUUGUUAAUAAGAAAAAUAAACAUUUAAAAUCUA